AACAUAAGCGCUAAUUCACGAAAGGAGGUCCCAGCCGCAAUCCGUGAAUUAGUUAGUUAUUUAUAUCGAAAGAUGGAUAUUCAUAGAGAAGAAUUAGCUUUGCGAAAUAAUUAUUGUUGCAAAUCCCAACAUUGACGGUUUUUAUUCGCGUAAGUUCCUGCUUAAAUUCAGAAAGGAGAGGACAACUUCACACAGGUAACAUGUCAUCGGAAGCUAAGUUACUAGCAUGCGAGCUAAAACACAUCAUAUCUAGCUCGCUGUAAGUUAAUAUUAAAGAACUAUGCAGUCGUUAAGUGGCUUACAAUCAUCACUGUUAAGAUGUUGUGCAUGAAGUCGUUGCACUUGCAUGGAUACAUCGUUACUUUAGAAGUGGCUUCAGCAUUGUAUGCUGCUAGUUGAUUGUUUUUCCGUUAGAGUGGAUAACCCGCUCUCUGUGGAGCUCACUGUUUAUUUACACACAUGAAGUAUAAAACCCUUUUUAAAGUGUUUAUUCUAUGGACUUUUUCAUGUCUGCAUUGUAAACAAGAUUCAACUUAGAAUCAAAGUGGAGGUAAUCAGGAUUAUAAGUAAGAUAUUUAUAAUAUCGUAUCGUAACGUAAUAACCAUCAAGUCGAUAACGUUAUUUCCUUCAGGCAUCUAUGCUGACAUUACUGUUUUGACUUCAUGUAUAGCUUUGGCUUUAUGUUUGCGGUUGUUUUCUGGUUUAACCAUGUUAAAGAGUUGUUUGGGUGUAGUUAAUAGUGUAGUUGUGGUCUCAUGCACCAUAUAGCCUUCCUGCACUCUUUGUAUUGAGUUUCUCGUGGGCUCUCUCACUAGCUGAGAUGUCAUAAGUCCUUCGUUUUCAACAUCGACUUCCUUUUUUGUCAUCAUCCCACGAAGCUGCAUUGAAACACCCAGGUGUGUGCACAUUGUCUCACAUGUCAGCCAUGGAUACCUGUAACGUCUUGAGUGAUGUGAUUGGCCUCUUGACACUAUCUUUUUGAUGAUUGCAGAUACAUAGUGAAGUCAUUUUGUUGAAAAUAUCUAAAUGAUGAGCUGCAAUAAGACGCAUGUUCUACUAUUUACAUUUGGGGAAUCGGAGUAAUGACGGAAUAGAAGUAAACAAUAGGCUGUGUGUACAAUGUUUGCUGAACCAUCACAUAACUAUAUCAAGACUGCUUGUCAAAUAACAUGUCAAGAUGCUGCGUUUGUCUCCUGAAUAAGACGAGUACAUCUGUUUGAAUAUUUUUUGUGUGCACAUUUGAGGGGUGUUAUUCACAGACCUGUGUCCUUUGUUAGCCAUGGCGGAGGAACGUCGGCAGAAGCAGUGUUCGGUCUCCCUACCCACAGAGUCCAUGAAGGCCAUGGCAGAGUCUAUGGGAGUGGGGCAGUUACAGGAGGAAAGCUGCGCUGCCCUCAGUGAAGAAGUCAGCUACAGAAUAAAAGAAAUUGCACAGGAUGCUCUCAAAUUCAUGCAUCAUGGGAAGAGACGUAAAUUAACCACCAGCGACAUAGAUAACGCUCUCAAACUAAAAAACGUGGAGCCCCUGUAUGGGUUCCAGUCGCAAGAGUUUAUCCCUUUUCGCUUUGCAAGUGGUGGUGGAAGAGAGCUUCAUUUCUAUGAGGAAAAAGAAGUCGACCUCAGUGACAUUAUUAACACGCCGCUCCCCAGAGUUCCACUAGAUGUGUCUCUCAAAGCCCACUGGUUAAGCAUUGAGGGGGUGCAGCCUUCUAUUCCAGAAAAUCCACCACCAGCACCAAAAGAGCAACAAAAGGUUGAAUCUACAGAGCCGCUCAAAGUCGCCAAACCUGGUCAAGAGGAGGACGGCACGAUGCAAGGCAAGAGUCAGGGGGCAACACCUGCUGAUGGCAAAGGAAAGGACAAGGGUCUAAUAAGGUUGAAGCCGCGCAGCACUCACGAGCUGUCUGUGGAACAGCAGCUCUACUAUAAGGAAAUCACAGAGGCGUGUGUGGGCUCCUGUGAGGCUAAAAGAGCGGAGGCUUUACAGAGUAUUGCCACAGAUCCUGGACUGUAUCAGAUGCUUCCAAGAUUCAGCACAUUCAUUUCUGAAGGAGUUCGUGUGAAUGUGGUGCAGAACAACUUGGCCCUGCUGAUUUAUUUAAUGCGGAUGGUCAAGGCUCUAAUGGACAACCCCACGCUGUAUUUGGAGAAAUACCUGCAUGAGCUCAUCCCAGCUGUGGUGACGUGUAUCGUGAGUAAGCAGCUGUGUUUGCGACCAGAUGUGGACAACCACUGGGCUUUACGAGACUUCGCUGCUCGCCUCAUGGCCCAAAGUUGUAAAACUUUCAGUACUACGACCAACAACAUCCAGUCCCGCAUUACCAAGACCUUUACUAAGAGUUGGUUGGAUGAGAAAACGCAGUGGACGACACGUUACGGCUGCAUCGCUGGACUUUCUGAACUAGGACCUGAUGUGAUUAAGACGUUGAUCCUUCCUCGGCUUACUAUAGAGGGUGCUCGCAUCAAAGCAGUGAUGGAAGGACCAGUGGUCUCCAACAUUGAUAAGAUAGGAGCGGACCAUGUUCAAAGCCUCUUACUGAAACACUGUGCAAGUGUUAUUGCCAAGAUCCGACCUCAGCCCGACAACGCGGAACAGUAUCGGACAGACUAUGGGUACCUUGGACCGAUGCUCUGCUCCCAUGUGAUGAAGGCCAGGACUCAAGCAGCACUGCAAGCUCAGCAAGUCAACAGAACCACAUUAACAAUCACGCAGCCUCGUCCCACCCUUACCGUGUCGCAAAGUGGGUUAAGUGGGUCGGCAGGACCGCGCACUCCCAGCAUCAUCAAGGUCCCGAGCUCCCUCACCCUGAUGUCUCCUCGACCGGGGACCCCAUCGCAGCCUUCUCCCCCGGCAACGAAAUACAUCGUAAUGGCAACCAGUGCCGGAGCCUCCUCAACUCAGCAGGUUAUCACCCUCAGCUCUUCCCAGUCAGCCUCACCAGUCACUAGCACAGUUCCCAGUGCCAUGUCGACCUUUCAGUCUGGCAGCGGCCCUGGUCUGACAGGUUCACGACCGAUGCAGAAGUACAUAGUUGUAUCUCUGCCCUCGUCUGCCUCGUCCUCUUUGGAGGCUAAGAGCUCCGUGCUACCAACCUCAAUUUCCUCAAACCCACUCGAAGCAGCGUUGAAGCUAGACCGGUCCGAGUCUCCCGGAGCAAGCACACAGUCGCCACACUGAGACUUGUGUAGAUAGUGGGGAUUUUUACCAUGUUGAUACAGCUGAACACUCGGAGUGGUUCGUUGAGGCUGAACAUAAAGGGUUAAACUCUGGCAUGGUAUGAAGGGGAAUAUCUGAACUCUUGACUGAUGAAGAGCAAAUGUGACUAGACAUUGUAAAUAUGUUAAUGCCCAAUGAAAACUCAGGUCCAGCUGUGAGAUCUGUAAUGUUUCAGCUUAUAUUCUAAUUGAUUCCAUGUUGUUUUUUUUACUCUAAAAUAAAUCAGAUUUUGUAUGAAAUCCUUGUCUG